AACAGUUUACAAUUGGAACUUGAGAAAGAAAGUGCAAUUCAUAAAGAUAUUGUUCAAGAAAAUUUUAUUGACAGUCAUUUUAACCUCACCUAUAAAGCAGUAAUGGCUAUGAAAUGGGUCAGCACGUACUGCAAUGAGGCUCAGUAUAUGAUGAAGACAGACGAUGAUAUGUAUGUAAACACGGAUUCUCUAAAAAUUGCUCUUGAUCAGUAUGAGGACCUUUUAUAUGAAUCCAUUGGAGGAUAUUGCUGGACGAGGGCAACUCCUCUGAGACAAAGAAGUUCUAAAUGGUACGCAUCGUACCGGAUGUAUCCACAGAAGAUCUAUCCGGGUUUCUGUUCCGGAACCGGAUAUGUAACUUCGGUUCACAUGGCUAGGAAAUUGUUUGAGAUUUCCCCUCAUGUUCCCUUCUUCCACCUAGAGGAUGUGUAUAUGGGGCUUUGUGUCUAUGCUCUUGGUCUGACCGUGACUUCGAUCAAAGGGUUCAAUUUAGACCGUGUCCCCCUUGGUUGUGACUAUAAAAGCAAAGCAGUGAUUACUUCACACCAAUUAGAACCGGACCUUCUUAUUUCAAUAUGGCAUUUAAAUUGUUAACAAUAACUAGCCAA